AUGGAGUCUAAAACAUCUGCUUUGCAGCUCCAUGGAUUCGCUGACGCAUCCGAAAGAGCUUAUGCUGCCGUAAUUUACAUCAGGAGUGCUUCACUGGAUGGAGCAUCAAUAAGGGUUUCAUUGGCACUGGCCAAAACUAAAGUGGCCUUUCUUAAAUCCAUUUUGUUACCUCGUUUAGAGUUGUGUCCGGCCGUAUUGCUCGUGCGGUUGACAGCUCAUUUGAGGGAACAGUUGAAGUUAUCAUCAUUUCCAGUACAUUUAUGGUGUGACUCUACUGUCACUCUUGCAUGGAUUCGUGGACACCCUGCAAGAUGGACAACGUUUGUUGCAAACAGAGUUGCUGAAAUUCAUCGCACCUUGCCUGAGACACGCUGGUGCCAUGUAAGGAAUGAGAACAACCCAGCUGACUGCGCGUGCCGUGGAGUGGCUCCCAUGGACCUCUCUCAACACCUACUUUGGUGGAGCGGUCCUGACUUUCUGAAAAACCCUGAACUUUUGGUCAAUGACGACAUGGAUGUGACAACUGAGAGUGAUCUACCAGAGCAACGUCGGAUAGUACAUGGAGUAACCAAGGUAGAAGCAAACGAAUUCCUUGCUCGUUUUUCUACUCUUCGACUAUUAUUCCGGACAACAGCGUGGAUAUUGCGGUGGAGGCACGGACAUGCGGAACGCGUGAAGGGACCAUUGAUUCCUGAAGAGAUCCUUGCUGCAAGAAAUCUCUGGAUUAGAUUGGAACAACGAAUGGCAUAUGGCGAUGAGGUAUAUGCUUUAUCCAAAGGACACGUCAUCCAUAAUCGAAGUUCAUUUGUUGGCCUGAAGCCAUACUUGGACGAGGUUUGUUUACUUCGCUGUGGAGGCAGACUACGUCAUGCUGAGUUGGACUGGGACAGUCGUCAUCCCGUAAUACUACCUCCAAAAUCUCAUCUCACCAGACUUUUGGUGAUUGCAACCCACCAUGGAGCGCUGCAUGGCGGAAUACAACUGACGUUGGCAAUUCUUCAGCGUCAAUUUUGGAUCCCGGGAGGCAGGCGACUGGUCAGACAAUUAUUACAUAAUUAUCUGCCGUGUAUGCGAUGGCGGGCGGCUUCUCCACAACCUCUCAUGGGUGAUCUGCCGCGGACUCGAGUGACACCUUCGCGCCCAUUCACGAUGACUGGAGUCGAUUUUGCGGGACUUGUUCUCCUUCGGACAACUAAGGGAAGAGGACACCGAGCAUACAAGGGGUACAUCUGCGUGUUCGUUUGCUUGGCGACAAACGCAGUUCACUUAGAGGCUGUCACUAAUUACACGACGGAAGCCUUCCUUGUUGCAUUCCGGAGGUUUAUUUCACGACGAGGCUUGUGCAGGGAUGUAUUUUCAGAUUGCGGCACCAACUUCGUUAGAGCGGAUGCGAAACUUCGAGCACUCUUUCGUGCAUCGAGUCAAGAGUCACGGAAGGUCAUCGGGGAGGCUACAUUCACUUACGAGGAGAUGGUUACGCUACUAGCUGAAGUGGAGGCCUACAUGAAUUCGAGACCUAUUGCUGCAAUGUCAGACGAUCCUGAAGAUCUAUCACCACUCACACCAGGGCACUUUUUGAUUGGAGCACUUUUGUUGUCCGUACCUGAACCACUUCUAACUGAAGAACCUACAUCGCGGCUUACACGUUGGAAGCUUUUACAAAAGAUGCGUGACCACGUAUGGCAACGGUGGUUACAGGAAUACUUAACAUCUUUAUUGCCUCGUACCAAAUGGAAAACACCUUGCCCUGCUUUUAAAGAUUGGACAACUUUGUCUAGAGAGCUGGUGAGACCUGCGGUCAAGAUAGUCCCUUUGCCUAAAGGAGAAGAAAUAUAA